GGUACUUUUUCGUCGACGUCAUCGUAGGCGGACAUAUUUGGUCAGUGUUCUCUGUUCCGACAUUUUGACAUUUAUUUCCCGGUUGCUUCCAUAUUUCUAACUUUUAAGAGUUUUAUUCAGUUUUUAAGCCUUACCAUUAUGGAUGAAGAAUACGACGCGAUUGUUUUGGGCACAGGGCUCAAGGAAUGCAUCCUAAGCGGUAUGCUUUCGGUAUCUGGAAAAAAAGUAUUACACAUUGAUCGUAACAAGUAUUACGGCGGUGAAUCUGCGUCGAUUACUCCGUUAGAAGAAUUGUUCGAAAAGUUCAAUGCUCCACCGCCGGAUGAAACAUAUGGACGAGGACGUGACUGGAACGUGGACUUGAUCCCCAAAUUUUUGAUGGCGAAUGGCCUCUUAGUGAAACUGCUUAUCCAUACGGGCGUAACCCGCUACUUGGAAUUCAAGUCUGUGGAAGGAAGCUAUGUUUACAAAGGUGGAAAAAUUUCGAAAGUGCCGGUGGAUCAAAAGGAAGCGUUGGCAUCUGAUCUGAUGGGUUUGUUCGAGAAAAGACGUUUCCGCAAUUUCCUUAUAUACGUCCAAGAUUUCGAUGAACAAGAUGCGAGGACCUACAAAGGUAUUGAUCCUACUACGGAUAAAAUGAGUAAAGUCUACAACAAUUUUGGACUUGAUAAAAACACCCAAGACUUUACUGGCCAUGCAUUAGCUCUUUAUUUGGAUGACAGUUACCUCGAACAACCAGCAAUACAAACAAUCAAUCGUAUUAAGUUAUAUUCCGAUUCUCUUGCCCGGUAUGGGAAGUCUCCAUACUUGUAUCCAAUGUAUGGCCUGGGAGAGCUGCCUCAAGGAUUUGCACGUCUCUCUGCUAUAUAUGGGGGAACUUACAUGCUUGAUAAGCCUAUUGAUGAAAUUGUCCUUGGAGAAGAUGGCAAGGUUGUUGGAGUACGCUCGGGGAAUGAGAUAGCUAAAUGUAAACAAGUAUACUGUGAUCCCAGCUAUGUGCCCGAUAGGGUACGCAGGAAGGGUAAAGUUAUUCGCUGCAUUUGUCUUUUAGAUCACCCUAUUGCUAAUACGAAGGAUGCAUUAUCUACGCAGAUAAUUAUUCCUCAGAAGCAGGUGGGAAGGAAUUCGGAUAUUUAUGUUUCCUUGGUGUCAUACACUCAUCAAGUGGCUCCUAAAGGUUGGUUCAUUGCUAUGGUAUCCACUACUGUGGAAACUGAUGACCCAGAAUCGGAGAUCAAGCCUGGCUUGGAGUUACUGGGGCCGAUCCGGCAGAAGUUUGUUAGUGUAACUGAUUACUUUGAACCAAUUGAUGAUGGGAGCCAAAGCCAAAUAUUCAUAUCCGAAUCCUAUGAUGCUACAACCCACUUUGAGACUACUUGUCUAGAUGUACUAAAGAUCUACAAGAGAGGCACUGAUGAAGAUUUUGACUUCUCGAAAGUGAAGGUGGAACUGGGAGAGGAGGAGCAGUAGUAAACUUUUACCUACCUAUGUAUAUUUGCUUGUUAAUUUUAACAUUUGUUUAUAUCUGGCUAUAAAAUGAAUUGUUCAUUAGGGUUCUUGGGUAAACAGCAUAGAGAUUGUAUGUAUGUAAAUCGCUCCAUCUAAAAUUAUCCAAUUGCAUUAUUUUUAUUUCUACCAGAAGUGAUUUAAUUAAAUGAUAUAAGAAUGUUAUUUAUAGGAAUUUAUUCUCCAUUUAAGAUUGCUUUUAUAAUUUAAGAUAUAUUGCAAGAAAUGAUUGCACAAUUGGUAGAAACAACAGAAAUGCAUUCCAUUUCAAUACUUUUGGACUCGGUAUCCAUAUUAUAUUGCAAGUUAUUGAAUGCUCACUUUACAUUUAAAUGUUUUGUGUAAGAUCAAAAAUA